AUGCAGGCCUGCUCCUCAGCACUUCUGAGCGCUGCCUGCCGACCGCAUCCUCCUCUAGUGUUCUGCCGCAGAGACGUGGCAUGCUCUGAGCCUCUGCCGGAGCCCAGGCCCGUGUGCUCGCUGGGCUGCUGGGUGGACAGCUGCCGGCCCCCCGCCCUCCACACUACUGCCUACUCACUGCGAGAUGUCAGCCGGCGGCACGGUGCACGUCGCCCAGCCUGCUCCUGUUCUCUUCACCUUCGCCCGGGCACCACCCCAAAACCCACCCUCUCAAAGCCCCCACACCACUGUCGGGCGGCUGUGCGCUCAGCGUCCCUGCCUUUGCCCUGCGUGGUUCCCACGGGCUUCCUCCUCACAGACCCGCGUCCCCCAAACCUACAUUCCUCAAGGCAGCUAUGUGACAUUCAUGUUUGCACCCCGCCGUGCCGCCGGCAGCUGUCAUGGUAUAUCGCAGUGUCCAUGGAUUUUAAAUAA